CAUUUGACGCGUGGAACUCAUCAUAGUGAUCACAUUCAAAGUUUACUUUAUGGAGUAAUUUUUAUCAAAUAGAAAAAUUGUCAAGUGACCCAACUUCACAGUGAUAAGCAUAAUCAACUGUUUCAAAUGGCAAGACUCCUUUGAGAUGUCAUUGUUUUUUCAUUCUAAUAUAUUAUCUAUUGUAAAUAACUCGAGAAUGCGAAGUUUCAUUUAAAUCCGUUCAAAGUUUUUCUUUUAAUAAAGCAUGUUUUUACUAAUGUCGUUUUGUUUCGAAAUUUUCAAUCCUGAGUAAUACCCUCAUUUGAAUUUUCUGGGCUUGUCAAGUUCUUUUAUAGUAAUCACAAUGACUAGUAAAAAAGGACAUACUCUUAGAAUUGAAUCUGAAAUUGAUAGAAAUAGAGAGGAAGGUAAUUGGAAGAAGGUUAUAGAAUUGGCGGAACAUCUUAAAGCACAAUAUCCUAAUAAUGAAUGUUUAGCAAAUUUUCUCUGUGGAGAAGGAAGAUUAGAAAGUUUUUUAGAACAAACACCACCUAUAGAUUCUAAUAUUACUAAGGCUAAAAGCGGAUUGUUAGAAGCUAAAAGAUAUUUACUUCUUGCUGCAAAUGAAAAGGAUAAGCAAGCAUUAGUAGUAUUAGAUGCACAUUUACUUCUCGGUAAACUUCAUUAUGCAAUGGGGAUGUAUGAAGAAGCACUUUAUCAUUACCAACAAGCAGAAUUACAUACUCUAACAGAAAAACAAUUACCUAGUAGAAGUCUAAGGAUUAUAGCAGAAUCAUAUGCAAUUAAAGGUCUCUGUCUGGAAAGGUUGCCUCCAAAUUCUAAGUCAAAAUUUAGAAUAGCAGAAUGGCAAGUGGAGAUGAUAAAAUGUUUUGUUAUUGCGGGAGACUUGACUCUUGUAUACCUACAAGAACAAGAUAAAAUUGCAAUGCAACAGCAGAAUGGAUCUGUUACUGUAAAUAGUAAUAAUAUAGGAUUAUAUACUACACAAACUUCUGUUUGUGCUACAAAGCAAAUUGGUCCAAUUUUAGAAACAGCAUUGCAACGAUCACCUUUGUUAUAUCUUCAGACUGGCGAUGUACAAACUGCAAUUUCUCGUUAUAGAGAAAUUUUGUCUGCUGUGGAGACCACAGCAACGCAAAACUUGAGAGUAAAAAUGACUAAACAGUUAGCUGAAGUAUUGUUGCGUAAGAUAUGUAGUGCCGAUUACAAUCUUCCUGGAGGAGUAAUUGACACAACUGAUUCACCAUGGAAACCAAAGAGAUAUGUAGGACUUAAUAUGUUCCUUCCAAAAAAUGAAUAUGAAGAAUUAAUAUUGUUAUUGCUCAUUAGCGAAGCUAUGGCAGUACGUGAUGCUGUAUUAAGUCAAUCACCAGAAUUCAAAGAAGCUAGAAUACAAGCAUUUGAAAAUGCUACUAAUAUUUAUGAUCUUCUUACAAUUAUUGUUGUUAGAUGGAAUCAAGUGGAACUUCUGCACGAGUCCUUUGAAAGAGCAAUGAAAUUUUCCCAUGAAGAAGCACAUACAUGGACGCAAUAUGCUUUAUGUUUAAUAAGCUUAGGAAAAUACAUGCAUGCUUACACAGUCUUGAAAGUCGUAGCUAGAUUGUCAUCACAUAAAGUUGUGCCUUGUUUACUGGCUGCAAGAUUGUGUUAUGAACAAUUUAGUAGGAUAAUGGAAGGUAUUGAAUGGAGUCAGAAAGCAUUGCAGAGGGAAACUGCAAGUCCUCAAGGAAUGCAAUCUAGGUGUCAUUUGUAUAUUGGUAUUGGCCAAAGCAUAUUAUCUGCAAAUACCACUAUCAAAUUGGACAAAAUAAAAUACACUGAUGCUGCUAUGGAUUGUUUUCAAAAAGCACAACAAUGUGAUCCAAAUGAUCAUUUAGCAGAAUAUUACUUGGCACAUGAAUAUGCAAUGAAUAGACAAAUAAACGAAGCUAUGAUUCACGUUAAAAUAGCAUUAAACUUAAGGGCAGAGCACAUACCAUCAUUGCAUUUAUUGGUAUUGCUAUUAUCUGCCAAUAAACAAUAUUCAGAAGCAUUACAUUUGAUCAAUAGUGUAUUAGAAGAAUAUCCCGACAAUUUAAAUUUUCUUUAUGUAAAGGCACAUUUAGAAUUAAGAAGUAUUAGUGGUGAGGUAGCAUUAUUUACAAUAAAACAAAUGUUUUCACUUUGGAAAAGUUUAUUUGAAGAUCAAACAAAUAUUAAUUGUAACGAACAGCACAGUGAAAAACGUAGUGAGAUUAGAAGCGUAUGUCAAUUUUUUGCAUCAGAGAUGUCUGAUAAAGACUCCAGUUCAAUGCAUGCACAAUCAUUAGCUGCUUCAAGAGUAGAACAAGCUCUUUCAGAAGUAGCAUCGUCACUAAGCUCUUUUACACCAAAACCUGGUCCACAAAGAGCUUGGGUUUUGCAAUUACAAGUUUGGUUGUUACUUGCAGAAGUAUUUUUAGCAAUGGAUCAACCAAAUGGUGCUAUUUUAUCAUUGCAAGAAGCCAGUAAUAUAUUUCCAUUGAGUCAUCAUAUUAUGUACACGCGUGGUUUACUACAUGAAUACAAAUUAGAAUACACAGAAGCUAAACAAUGCUAUCAGAAUGCUGUUACGAUCAAUCCAUCUCAUGUAAAAAGUUUGCAGCAUUUGGGUUUAAUAUAUCACUACUUAGGAAAUCAAAGGUUAGCGGAGAAAACAUUGAGAGAUGCAGCUAAAAUAGAUCCUAAUUCUCAUCAGACUUGGUAUAACUUGGGUAAAGUACUAGAAUCUUUAGGUGAAGUAGAAGCAGCAAGCGAUUGUAUGGCAACAGCAUUAGAAGUAGAAACAACAAAUCCUAUUUUGCCAAUUUUGUCAAUACCAUUGACUUUUGAGUGAUACGAAAUAUGACUAUAUGAUGGAAUUUUUUAAUGAAGUUAUGAGCCAAGCCAGUAUUAUCGGCGUACAUUUGCCUUCGUGUCAAUAGUACCUGCUUCUAUAGAUACAAUGUAUAUGUAUAUAAACAGAUUUAUUUACAAAAGGCGUUUAAAUUAUGCAAAUAACAUAAAAUAAUCGAUGUAAUAAAUUCAUGUAAAGUUUUUGUCUGUAAAAAUUUUAAGGAUGAUCUAUUUCAACUUAUUAGGUAUUGUAGCAAGGUGAUACAGUUAUUAAAUUUAAAGAGAUUA